AUGGAUUUAUUUAAAUCCGCUACUGACGUUUCUGUGAAUGACUUAAGUUCAUCAAAUUCAGCCACUGCCAAAACUAGCUGCCAGCAACAACAACAGCAAUCGCAAUCACAACAGUCAACACAACAGGAAUCAUCAUCAACAUCUAAACCACAAUCGAGAAAAUUACCCAAACGUUAUCAAGGACAUCAUCCGCACUUUCAUCAUCAUACAGCACCAGCUUACUAUACAGAUCUUCAUCUAAAGAUCCAUACACCCGAAGCUAAAGAUUCGGUUAAUGAAAAUUAUCAAAGUGUCUAUAGGACACCAUCGAAACUCAUCAAAGACGAACAUCAAUUUCCGAAAACGACAACAGCAACUCUUCCAGCACCACCACUAUCCAUAAGUCCUCAGCAAAAAUUAUCGAAGGAAGUUGAAGAAAAUACAGGAACAUUUUUUCGUGGGGCUUACACUCACAGCGAUCAGCAGAGACAACAGAAUCGCAACGAUCCUUCUUUUAUGCCGUCAAACAGAAGAUCGCAGAAACCUAUCAAAGCCGACGCCGAAUUGCCUCCACAACAGACGGUAACGGGUCGUAGUCGUAAUACUCAGCGUUUUGCAAAUCGUAAACGGGCCGUAAGGGUACGUAGUGAAUCGCGUCCAAUUAGUGCUCUGUAUGAUAUAAUAUGCAAAGAAAAAGGUCUCGAUAUAGCCACCACCACUACAAACGACGAAGAUUCUUCGCCAUCGCUUAGUCACGACGACGAGAAAGCACACACCACCACCACCACAAGUAGAUCUCGUAGAUCACAUUCUCGAUCCGUGUCACGACAAACUAAGACUUCAGUGGCCAGUAGCAAUAAUUCCAAUAUGUCCGGUGGUUUGGCCAAUAAUUCUUCAGGUGGCGAUCACCCUCAGCACAGAUCAGCCCUGCAACAGAAGAAACGUAACGAUAAAUACUCACCAAAUACCAUUUUUAUCAAUGAUCUCAGCGAUGAUGAUGACGAUGAAAUCCAUCGCUUAGAGGGUGGUUGUUCACGCAAAAACUUCCGCAUGCGCAACUCGCACAAAAAGGGAAAUCUUUGGGAUGAAUUACAACAGACCAAAUCCUCUUCACUACCGCCGGGUCUGGCAAAUCAUAACAGUCAUGACUCAUUAUCCGACAUAUCAAAAAAGAACAAUAAAGAAUCCUUAGUAUGUGUCAAGUCCAGUAGUGGUAGUAAAACUUUGCCAAGUUCUAAUGCUAAUCAUGCAGCACAACCACAAUCGACUUCAUCAAAUCCAUCAUUAUCAUCAAAUACCACCACUUUAAGUGUAGAACCCAUUCACAUGCAUUUGAGUAGUAGUUCGCUACAUGAUCAACCACAUACAGGUGCUGGCACCAACAACACAACCACGACUGCAAUCACCAGCAACCAACAGCUAGAACAAGAUCAGCUGCAGCAACAACAGCAUUCUCUUAAAACUGAUCGUUAUUCUCGUAAACAUAGACGUUUGCGUGACGAUAAACCGAGACGUCAUACUGAUGGUGCCAUAAAACUAUUUCCAUCUGAGUUAAAUGAUUUUGAUAGUGAUGAUAUUCAUCAUAGUAAUGAAGAUGAUGAUCAUCAUCAGCAGCAGCAGCAGUAUCAGCGUGUUGAUGGUGUUGUCUAUAGUGAUGAUGAUGAUGAUCAACAUCAUCCUUCACAAUAUCAUGAUUUAAAUGGUGCCGGUCACGAUUUUCAUACUUUAGCUGGUAAUGCCGCUGCAAAUGCUAAAAGGUAAGUGUUUUGAAAAUUA